AUGAUGGGCAAAGGGUUCCAGUUCAUAGACUCAACCAAGACCGAUAGGGUCACCAGGAGACUGGUUCGAAGUCAUGCCAUGAAGGGGAAGAAUGUUGGCAAGGUGCUUCACCGUCGAUCAAGGCUGGAGUUAGAUCUACAUGCACCCCGGCCGUCCAAGAAAGCAUGCACGUCGUCCACUGCUGCGCGUAACCUUCUCCCCCAGACCCAGCAGGGACAGCAGCAGCAACCCACCAGCACCGGCAGACCGUCACCGAGUAGCACCAAGAGUAGGAGCAAGAGUCCAGAAGAGACCCCUAGUCCCAGUGACGGCUCAAGCUCCACGGGAAGCAGCAGCUACAUCACCACUCCAGCUUCAAGCGUCACAGAUCUCACCAGCAGCGAUUUCCUCUUCCUUGAUGAUGAUCUCGUCAACCUUGACUGGCUGGCCGACGUCGAGAACCACGAUAUCGAUGGUUACAUUGCCGAUACCCUCACCUCACCUACAAUGGACACCUCAUUUCAGGUUCAGCAAGCACAACAGUCGCUUAUUCUUCCGGCCUACACCCAGAAAGCUCUCACCACGACACUGGGAGCACGAGACAGCCUGUUCGCCCUUGCCUUUCCCGUUCAAGCAACUCCACAGAGCCAAUAUGUCAUCAGCCAAUUCUUCGGCAUCGUCAUCGAUGCCUUAUACCCUCCCCAACUCGUCCGAGGUGCUGCAAAGGCAUACGACUAUUGGAUCAGCACUCUCUUCCAGGACAGGACUUCAUUCCAUUGUGCCAUCGCAUUAAUGGCUGCCCUCAGUGACUUCUUCUUCGGCGACCAAGCCCUAACACCAGAAGCCAUCUACCAUCUCAGCCAAGCCAUUCACAUGGUCAACCAGACACUGGAGACCAACGACGCCGUGUCAGAUUCCAAUCUUGCCGUCGUCAACUUUCUUGUCAUCCAAGAAUUGUUGAAAGACUCGAUGAAGUCCAAGGCCGAAGUCCAUUUAAAGGGUCUCCAGAGGAUGGUCGAGCUACGUGGCGGUCUGUUGUCGUUAGGGGAGGAUAACCCACUGGGUAUCAAAAUAAGCAAAACAGCAGUAGACUACGCCCUCCACCGCGGCACCCCGCUCCCUUCCGCCUUCUACCGGGACCGCAUGCCAUCCAUCCGCGCCUGUCUUCUGUCCGAAGGCUUCAUCCUCUCAUCCCCGCCUUCGCCACUCUUCUCAUUCUCCUCCUUCUCCCCCAUGUCCCCCCUCUCACCAUCACCAACCUCUUCACCAUCCUUCACCUCCAGCGGUGUUCAAAACCAACACCAGCAGCAACAGCAACAAAUCCAAAUCCACCCCUUCCUCUCGCAAAUCCUCUCCGACGUCCUCUCGAUAACCACCCUCCUCAACUCCCCCUACCUCAACUUCCGUUUCGACCCACACACCCUCCAAGAAUUCCUCGUCUCGGUCGGAUGCCGAUUAAUCCGCUUUCGCCCGCUUUCUUACUACCAACCCCAAACCCAAAAAGGAAAACGUCCCCCACCGCCACAAACAAAACAGACAAGGAUCGAAUCAGCAAUCCACCUAGGCCUCAUUGCCCUAACCACCACUCUCUUCCUGCAAUUCGGUCGUCGUCGUUUCCUACGUUAUGAAUUAGUACGGGAUUGUAUGACGACGCUGAUAUCUGACUGGGACUAUCAUUCCACCUCCCCUUCAAACACUUCAGAAAACCCAGCAGAUAGUGUAGAAAAACAAACCCUCCUCUGGCUUCUUCACAUCGGCGGGAUUUCGGUGUUGGCAGGGCCGGAAGAACAGAAGUGGUUAGCGCCCAAGGUGCAGGAGUUGGCGUGGGGAGUGAUGGGGGUUUUGGAGUGGGAGGGAACUGGGACACAUGGAGGAUGUGGUAUGGGGGUUAAGGAGUAUUUGUUACGGUUCCCUUGGGUGAAUUCGUUGCAUAGUGAGCCGGGGAGGGCGAUGUGGGAUUCUUUGGGGGUUAUGGGGAUGGGGAUUGUGUGA